AUGACGUCCCCGCUAAAGACAACAACGCCCUUCGGAUACAACCCUCACACAGCAGCACCCCCCGUCGUCGACUUCACACCCUCUAAACCUACUUCAACAGGAGGAGGACUGGUGGACCAGGUCAAGGAGGCCUGGACAAACGUGAACCGUUUCCGGGAUGGAUUGAAUUUGCCCAAUCCGGGAACCUUUGAGGGUGCCAGCCGGGAAGUCAAGAACACGUUCUUGACAAACCAUGUAUUUGACGGGGCAAGAUGCGACAUCACCAAGGUCCUGACACCCAACUUCCAAGUCACCCACUCCUUCGCCAUGGGCGCCGCCGCUUCUCCUUCCACCUACAAUUUCGGUACCGCCUUUAUCGGCCAGCAGUCGUUCUUGUCGGGGAACUUGGAUACGGAUGGGAAUGUUCAGGCGAGGGCCAACUACGCGUGGAGCAACACCAACGUCUCCAAAGUUCAGUCGCAGGACUACAACGGCAAGGACUUCAACUUAAACCUGAAGGGUGUCAACCCCUCCCCAACAGAAGCCACAGGAAUCUUCAUCACCUCCUACCUCCAAUCCAUCACCCCCAACCUCGCCAUCGGCGCAGAAGCCGUCCACCAACGGCCUACUCCACAAGAUGCCGAAACCACAUACUCGUACGUCGCCAAAUAUACAGGUCAGGACUACAUCGCCACAGCGACUUACCAGGGAUUCGGGGCUCUCCAGGCGAGUUAUUACUUGCGGUACUCGGAAAGGGUUGAUUUCGGGACAGAGAUUCAGUUGGUCACGGCGGGUGGGAGACGGGAUGCGGUCGCGACCGUGGGAGGCAAGUUUGAAUUCCGGAGGUCAACUUUUAGAGGACAGGUCGAUACGACGGGGAAGGUUGCCGCCGUGUUGGAGGAGAAGAUUGUCCCGGGCUUUUCGUUCCUUGUCAGCGGCGAGAUGGAUCAUGGCAAGGGUCAGAGCCGAUUCGGCGUUGGGAUGAUGUGGGAGGUCUAG